GAUUGUUUUUAUUUACACUUCUUCUGCUGACGAAGAGUAAAAAAUAUAAAAUUGCAGUACGUAGAAUCUUUGUGGUGUUUAGAUGCUCCAUGCAGGUUUAAUCUGUAACUCGAGCUGCAAAGCGAAAUUGGAUCUUACUGGUUUAUUGACUAUUGUGAAAUACCACAGACAAUAGUUGAUUUUGAUGACAAAGAUUUUUAUCCAAUCUAUUUCUUUCAUUUUCGAUGCUGUAUCGGCACUCUUUAUUAUGAUGUAUAGAACAUAAACCAUUGAAAGUGGUCGAACAACAACUAUUCCCAACGAUAUUCCCAACUUCACCACUGCCAGGCUGGUUGUUCUUAACGUUUAUAAUAGAAAUGGAUAUAAAGCCAGAAACAAGUGGAUAUACAAGUGUCCGCAAAUAUGGUUCGAAACAUCUUCGAGACGAUGGAAUAACUUUUCAGACUACAAUGCGGCUUCCACCUUUUACAUUAGUAAUUGUGAAGUUUUUGGUUAAAUAUUGUGGUGCUGACUUAAGUUGUAAAGAUGAGUCGGGCAAAACUGCUUUGCAUCUUGCUGUUAUUGGUGGUGAAACAGACUUUGUCAAAUAUUUUGUUGAACAAUGUGGCGUUGAUGUAAAUGACAAGGAAAAAAAAGGGCGGACAGCGCUGAACUACGCUGUUACUAAAUAUACGCCAGAAAUUGUGAAAGAUCUUGUUGAACAUGGCGCUGAUGUAAAUGCGAAGGAUAAUAACGGGUGGACAGUUCUGCACCAUGCUGUCACUAAAGGUGUACCAGAAAUUGUAAAAUAUCUUGUUGAACAUGGCGCUGAUGUAAAUGAGGUGAAAAAUAACGGGUGGACUGUGCUGCACGAUGCUGUUAUUAAAGGUACGGUAGAAAUUCCAAAAUAUCUUGUUGAACAUGGCGCUGAUGUAAAUAGCAAGGAUAUUAACGGGUGUACAGUGUUGCACUAUGCUGUUAUUAAAGGCACGGUAGAAAUAGUAAAAUAUCUUGUUGAAUAUGGGGCUGAUGUAAAUGGCAAGGAUAUUAACGGGUGUACAGUGUUGCACUAUGCAGGUAAUAGAUUAGAAAUUGUCAAGUAUUUAGUUGAAAAGGGUGCUGACGUGACCCUUCACACUCACAAUCUUGGCAUUUACACCCUCAUAAUGGCUGUUGAGAGAAAUUCAGUUGCUUUGAUCAAUCUUCUGUUGGAAAAGAACAUCGCUGUGUGGAGAGCUGGACUAUUUCGUGUUCAGGGAAGAUAUAUGAGUCUUCUUGAAUUGAGUAUUCAGCUUGGUCAUGAUGAAAUUACAACUAUCCUCAAAAGGUCCAUAAAUCAUUGUGAGAAGAUUCAGAUGUUGAAAGCACUGAAUUGCAACCAGUUAAAAGAGACUGAAACACCGAUGCAGGCUUUUGUCGCAAAGAAUCGAUUCAAAAUUGGUGCUGGUGGUUUUUCUUGUGUCUAUGUUGGUCUCAUGAAGGAUGGAAGUGAAGUUGCUGUUAAGAGAAUUUUGGUACAAAGUGAGGAUGAAACAGUUGAAAACGAAAAGGAAAUCAUGAGUCUCAUUGAAACAAACUCUCCAUUUAUAGUGAAAUAUCGACAUUUUCACCGUGACGAUACCUUCAUGUAUCUUAUUGUUGAUCUUUGCGAAGAAACCUUGAGGGAACUUGUUCAUGCAUGCAGUAUUAAACAUCUACAAGAGCAAGGUCCACGAAUGAUUGGGGAAAUUCUAUCAGGACUAGAAUUUCUUCAUUGGAAAGGAAUAUUGCACAGAGAUCUAAAACCAUCAAACGUCCUGGUUGAUAUCGAAGGUCGCAUGAAAUUGGCAGAUUUUGGAAUAAGUCGCGUUGUUAAUGAAGAUGAAACGACAGUUGAAACAGAUGCAAAAGGUACUCGUGGAUGGAUGCCACCAGAAGUAAUUGAAGCAAUAGUUAAAAAAGAAAAAAGUCGUUUUAAAAGAAAAUCAGAUGUCCAUGUCGCGGGUAUGAUUGCUUUUUACGUGUUGACCAAAGGUGAGCAUCCUUUUGGAUCUGAAUUAGAUCGAAUGAAAAAUAUUUUGGAGGAUAAUCCUGUCAAUUUGGAGAAACUUGGUAAUCGCACAGCUCUUAGGUUUGUGUCAUGGCUGAUUAAUCACAAGAUUGAUGAUAGACCUUACGCUGACGAAACACUGGAAGAUUUCUUUUUUAGCAACUCCGCAAGGAACAUAGCGAGCAAUUAGACAACAGCCUCGACGUUUGUUUGAAAUGACGAAUCCUUCCUAGCCCAAGUUUGUCCAUGAAGGAAAAAUAAUUAGCGAGGUUGUUUUAUCGCACCCAUUGGGCGUUGCAUAUUUUUUACACGUGAAAUAUCCUUGUUAUAAAGUGCUUAACACAACGUGUUGUUUGUUUAGGUAGAAUAUAAAUAUU